CCUGUUCAAGAAAACCAAGAGUUAAUUAUCGAAGCCUUAGAAUUUCAUAGUAAUUUUGCUUCUAGUUUUCUGACUGAACAUUCUAAUCCUGAACUUUUAGAUACUAAGAGUAGAAUAGGAAGUUUAGUAGCCGAAAUAGCAGGCUUGAAUCGGGAGAUUGAAAAAAUACACUUGGAAAAACUCCCAGCUGGAAUAACCAAAGCAGAAAGGCUAAGUUGA